AUGAGAGAAGUAGCUCUUUUAGCAUUAAUGAGAGGAGUUCCACAUACAGCUAAAGUUUUGGGAUUAGAGGAAAGGCAAAUCCAAGAAUGAAUGAAAGAGCUCAAAUAUGAUGACCCAUUUUUUGACUCUUUAAGAAGUUUGGUUUGGGAAAAUAUCAAGCAGCACGGAAUUGAAGAAACAGCAAAACAAUGAAAAGUCUCAACCUUUUCCCUCGAGAAGCUUAAAAGCUAUUAUGAGUCCCACCCUGAUCAUAAACCAAUUAUCACUCCAGAUUGCACCAAACCUUACCAUUUUAACGCUGACGGGAGUUUACCAGUAGAAAUCCCUGAAAGCCAAAUUACCUACAAACCCAGCCAAACUGAAAAAAAUCCAGAAGAAAACAAAAAUUUCUGAUUUGACAAAGAAGACAUGGAACUUGAUGACCCUCCAGAAUCCUCAACCUCUCAAAGCAACGCUAUUAGCUUUGCUAAUAGCAAUAGCUAUGAAUAUAUUAAAACAGAAAUAAACAAUUAUAGCAGUUUGCCAGAGAUAAAUGACAUGUUUGAAGAGUGAUAUGAAGAAGAUGACUAUGAAGUAUAUGUAGAAAAAUUUAAAGUUUUGGAAGAAGAGGAAGAAGGAAAAGUAAAAAAAGGUUCAGCCCCAGAAAACGAAGUUGUAGGAGCAUUUGAUUUUAUUGGAGGAAUCGCAACAGUUGCUCAGCCUGAAAAAGACCAUAUUGAUGCUGCUACAAAAUUGAUGAUUGUUGGGGAAGCUUUGAAAGAAGGAGGUGGAAAAUUUGCAGCGACGGCUAAUAAGUAUGGAAUUAAUAGAAAACAGCUGAGAAAGUGGGUGUUGAAAUUCCAAACUAGUGGAAAUGUAUUCCCAACAACGCUAACUGGAAAGGCACCAUCAGAAACUCUGCAGGCAGUGGCUAAAGAGUUUUUAGACUCAGAAGAUGAAUUGACUGUUUUAUAA